GUAACUGCUAGUCCAAUGGCGCUUGGCUGAACCACAACACGCCUGGAUCACAACGCGAAUUUUAAAAAACGAAGGAGGUUUUAAUCUGCCCGCGUCGAGCUGUCAAAUUUUGGCGGGAGUGCUUGUCUGUGUUUAUUGUUUAUGGUUUUUAAUUUCGGAGUGCUCUCGAAUUAUGGAAGUUUUAAGAUAUAAAUACAUCUUUAUCGUGGUGUCACUGCUUCUCGAGUCCGUCAGUAACGAAGAAUCUAAAACAAAUUCAACAGGAACCACGCCGAAUUGCCCGUUCUCAAAAAUCAUAGAAGAUGUAUUCAAAAUUCACAAUAAAACAUCAAAUAAAGAUUUAUAUAAAAGGGAUGAGGAACGAGUCAAAUUGUUUCUGAGUACAAUAGCUAAUAUCACAAAUGAAAACAUAAGUAGAAAAGAAGAAGAUCUCAUAAAUAUUAUAAUAGCUUCGAUAAAUAGAAUAAAAAAUAAUAUAAGUGAUACAUCAGAUAAGUUAAAUGAAGCAAUCAUAGUUACGUCUCCAAAAGACAGCGCUGGAGAUAAAAUUAAGAACCAAAUUAAAAGCGGUAUUGAAGAUAAGAUUGAUAUUUAUGGCAAUUAUAAUGCAAGCAAGAAACACACAACUAAAAGCAUAGAAAAUUAUGAAGAUCCUACUACAGAAAGACCAAAAUACGUGGAAAUUCUAACAAAGGAUCCGCAUACUAAAAACACAACAUCAGCGAACAUAAUAGAAGUUUUAAAACACCUGAUGCCUUUGUUUAAUAGUACAUUGACAAAAGAAGUACAUAACAUAACCAUUAUAGAAACAGAUCACAGUAAGAACCAUUCUUUUUCCGCAACGAAAAACGUUUCAACUAUCAUAGUAACGUAUUGUGAUAAUGAUAACUUGACGAAAGUUAACAAGACUUCUGUUGCUGCUGACAAAGGUGAUAAAAACCCUGAUGAAGAAAUUGAUGAUUAUUAUGAUGAAGAAAAGGAUUUGGAAAUUGGUGGAAAUGAAGGUGAUCUAACUAACAUCACGAUUGGAGAAAAGAAAGAAAUUAUGGAAGCCGCUGAUUAUGGGAUGCAGAAGAUGCAUGAAUUGUACACAGUUUUGGAACCAAAACUGUAUUCUAUGGGUCUCUGGUUGGACGACUCCAGUCCGGCUCGUUACGUGGCUGCCUUCAACGCGCCGUCAGAAGAGGCAGCCAAGUUCUCCCGCUACGGAUAUGCUUCGCUACAAGCUGCUACCAAGCUCAAGCAGUUAAUCAGCGGUGGCAAUGGCGAGGGUCUGGAAGGUCGCGAGGAGGAGACGCAGUUCCCGACGGCGAGUAUGAUGCGGCAGUCGUCCCUGAUGCAGCACUGUCCUCUAAGAGGAGCUCCUAAGUGCCCUCCCGCUUCAAAAAGAUACCGCACACACGAUGGAACUUGCAACAACAUCAACCGUCCCCGCUGGGGGUCCACCAUGACUCCGGUACAGCGAUUCCUCGCACCAUCCUACUCCGACGGACUGCAGGCUGCUAGAAGGUCCAUCUUCGGCACCAAGCUGCCUUCAGCUAGAGAGAUCAGUUCCACAAUCCAUGAGGACAGGAACGCCGAGACAGUAGGAGUGACCCAUCUGCUGAUGCAGUGGGGACAAUUCCUGGACCAUGAUGUGACUUCUUCCUCACAGUCUCGAGGGUUUAAUGGAUCGGUGCCGAGGUGCUGCAAGGAUGGUGGCAGGGAUUUCGUUCCUAAAGAGUUUAUGCAUCCUGAAUGCUUCCCAAUCCCGGUGCCAGCAUCAGACCCGUUCUACGGUCCUCGUGGAGUACGAUGCCUGGACUUCGUGCGAUCCUCACCAGCUCCUCGCGACGACUGCGCGCUCGGCUGGCGAGAGCAGCUCAACCAGGUGUCUGCUUACAUCGACGGGUCACCGCUGUACGGAAGCUCGGCUACCAAGUCCGAUAAGCUGAGGCUGUUCAGGAAUGGUAUGCUGCAAUACGGCAGAAUGCAACAACGUCGUCCAGUCCUACCACCAGAGCGACGUGACGAGCUGUGCCGCAAGGGAGCCGUGUCCACCGACUGCUUCAAGUCAGGAGACGCCAGGGUCAACGAGCACCCGGGGCUGGUGGCCGCUCAUAUUGUGUGGCUGAGGCAGCAUAAUAGAAUGGCACAAGAGCUAACGCAUUUGAACCCACACUGGAGCGACGAAAAGAUCUAUCAAGAAACACGCAAGAUCGUAGGAGCAAUGAUACAGCACAUCACAUACAGAGAGUUCCUGCCUAUUGUGCUAGGUUCCGAAGUAAUGCAUCGCUUCGAACUCGAGUUGCAGAAGAAAGGUUUCUAUAAAGGCUACAACCCCAAGAUCAACCCGAGUCCCGCCAGCUCGUUCGGCUCAGCUGCCUUCAGGUUCGGCCACAGUCUCGUGCAGUCCUCCAUGGUGCGCUUCGAUAGGUUCCAUCGGCCUAUGAGUAAUAAUGUAUCCCUCCACGAUGAACUAAGCAACCCGUCCAACAUCUGGUCUAUCGGCGCAGUAGACCGUCUGCUCCUCGGCAUGUUAAACCAGCCCAUCCAGAAACGCGACGAGUUCAUCACGGAAGAGCUCACCAACCACCUCUUCCAGACUCCUCAGUUUGACUUCGGCAUGGACUUGGCAGCUAUCAACAUCCAAAGAGGGAGGGACCAUGGAGUUCCACCGUAUACGUCAUGGAGGGAACCUUGUGGGUUGUCAGCUAUUGAAGACUUUGAUGAUCUGCUGAGGGUUAUGCCAGCUAGAGCUGCGAGAAAGAUGAAGACUUUGUACAGGCAUGUGGAUGACAUAGACCUUUUCACGGCGGGUAUGGCGGAAAGGCCGGUGAUCGGUGGCUUAGUGGGACCAACCUUUGCUUGUAUCAUAGCGCAGCAGUUCACCAAUCUUAGGAAAGGAGAUCGGUUUUGGUACGAAAACGGAGGCUUUGAAUCAUCAUUUACACCAGCACAGCUUCAGCAAAUCCGUAGGAUCUCUUUUGCACAAGUACUCUGUCGCACUUUGGACAGCAUCGAUACAGUUCAACCUUUCGUCUUCCUCUCUACCGACAACCCCGACAAUGACAGAAUAUCUUGCCAGAACGGACUGCUUAAUAACUUUGACUUAUCACCUUGGAUUGAAAUAGACUCAGAAUCUGACAACGAUAUUAGUAAAGCUGAAGCUACAAGCCCAAAACCGACUAAAAAACCAUCCACUACAUCAAGACCUACAACGACGAAGAAAACAGCGGGAAAGGGUGCGAUUAAGCCAAACAAAAAGAAGCCUGACACUAACACUAGUACUAUCAAAAACAUGACUAUUGAAAGCUUGACUAAAGAAAACCCGACUGACAAACUAAACGUGACAGACCUACAGAAAGACAAUGACAAAGACGAACUGAACUUGACUCUGACUAAUGACAUGACGACCACGACUGUAAAACCUAACAUAACGACUAAACCCACCGUGACGAGACGUGACGUACAGAUAGAUGACAAACUUGACUUUAAAAACAAGAGCCGACGGUUUGACGACGUUAAAGUAGACUCUAGACGUAGACCUUCAAACAAGUAUGACGAAUAUGAAUAUGACGAUGAGGAAGAUACUCAACAAGUGCAAUCUGUUGUCAUAAACAACGUUGCACAUAAAAGACCUCAAUACAACAGACCUAACAAUAACAGACCUAAUAAUAGACCAGUAAUUACAGUGACAGAGAACGUUGACAAAUACACUUACUUGAUCAACUACGUGCCAAGACCAACUGAGUCUUGGCGACAAUCGAAUAGAAGACCGACUACUGGACGACCUACGUCUGACAGGGACGUAGUUAAAGUAACAUAUCAGACUUAUGACGACACAUACAGACGACCAAACAAACCUUACUAUUACAACAGACAGGACAAUCAAGAGACCAAUUACAGAUAUAAUAGACCGACUCAUACGACUAAAAUCAGCUACCCUUCCUCCGCUAGGUCCAAUGACGAGACUGUGACACAGAAAACCAAAGUGACUGACAAACCUGAGACUAAAAGCGAAAGCACGACUGACUUAUAUAAACUUGUGACAUUUGGAUACGUAGGGACAUACAAAGGUUCAGCUAGCACUACUGAAAAGAAAAUGACUGACAAAACUGUGACUGACAAAAUCGUGACUGACAAAAAGGACAUUGAAGCUGACAUGACUGACAAAGAAGUGACUGACAGACAUAAAGCAGAAACUGUAAGUAAAGACUUUUCGACUUUUGACGCAAAUGACAAUAAAAACAUGAAACUAUCGACAUUUUACCUUUACGAGACCGCAACUAAGCCUUAUUUACAGAGACCGACAAGACGUAACGACGAAGUACCGGUACAGACUAACAAAUACUAUUAUAUUAGGAAUGUUCUUCACAAAUACUCUAACACUGACAAGAAUCCUUCUGGUCAGCCAAAUAAGGAAGAGAAAAGAGAGGUAAUAACGGAUGGGUACAACAAUCUUGGUGACCGUGAGGUCAAUAUAGAAGAGAGAUCUGCAGUAGACAAGAUGGCGUCCUUAGAAGACAUAGAAGUAAAGUCUAAUGUGCCGAGCCGGCAUAAAAACAGGGUGAAGCCUUCAAGUCCAGCUAAGACUCCAUCUGUGGCCUUUCAAGUAAUACCCAGUGAGAACAGUCCAUCACAAUGGGCUGUGUACGACGAGAACUUGGAUCUACCUGAACAGCACAGCAUGCCGACCAUCAAGACAGACCCUUACGCCCUCAAAGAAAUACCCACGCCCAUAGCUUUCAACAGCUUCAGGAGACGAAGACCAGGACUUGGGAGACAUUGACGCAUCUCCAUGUUUUAGACGAAAUCUUGCCUUAGUUCCAAUUAAUUAGAUAAAUCGUGUAAGAGCCAAUAUUGAAUUUGUAUUGUUCAAAUCGCCGUCCCCACCGAAUAAUAUCGUAAUCAAAAAUUUAAAAUUUUACAGGAAAAAUAAAAAACCGUUUUUUGCUUAUAACUUCUUAACAGGUUUACAUAACAACAUCGUUGGUAUAUCAAAAAAUGGCUUUUUUUUUCUUAAAUAUUUAUUUGUCAUAUAAAUAAAUAUUGGAUUUAUUCUCAUUAAGUUUUAGCUAAAAAUGUAUAUUACCAGAAAUGUAACAAAAUUUUGAACCAUAAUGCACAAUACGAUUUUAUUCAUGUAAAUUGUUGACAAUGACCUACACACGGCAAUAGUCCAUUGCGAUUGUCUUGACUGUAAAGUAGCGAUGUUCAUUAUAAUGGUAACUUAUUAUUGCCAUAGUAUUCACUGCUCAAAACAAUCUAUUGUGGUAACAGUAAACGCGAAUAAUAUGGUAACAUACUUUACCGA